AUGGACUAUGAGAUUCCAACGUUUGAGGCAGAUCUCAAGUUUAACGAUCUUGAUGACGAGGCCACUGCCGAAAACACUGCGUAUGCCGUGUGGAUCGGUGGAAACUAUCUCGGGUCCUUCAGCACAGAUUCCACAGUCAAAGGUACCACCCUCUCUAUUAUUGUCGAUUGCGUCUGGUCGGCGUUUGAUCGCAUCUACCAAUCUGGCGGCCGACACUUUGUCUCGCUCGUAGCUCUACCCUUUCACCUCGCCCCCAUUUACACGCCCAUCGAAGAAGGCGGAGUCGGCGAUUUUAUGAUCUGGGAGAACAAAACGGCAUACAACGUCACAAUGACCAAGUACAAGAUGAAAAACUACCUGACAAGUGUCAACACCAUGCUUGAUUAUGGCCUAGCCGUUCAGCAGCUCAUUGAGAAGCGAUGGCCUGGAGCAACCUUCACAUGGAUCGACAUGCACAGCCUUGUCAUGGAAAUGAUCGCCUCGCCCGCAGAGUAUUUUGAGCAACCGGCCAAUGUUACUCAUGCUUGGCAAAACUGCAAAUCUUUCGGUCACUGCAUUGACAAAGAGGGUCUGCUAAGGGAAAGCUUUGUGUGGUUCGAUGAGCUUCACCCCUCGCAGCGAGUUCACGAAUAUCCUGCAGAUGAGUUCAUUCAGACUCUUGAGGGAAAUUCCAAUUGUAGUAAAACCUACAGGCUUGUUUAUUGCAAGUAG